AAUACAAUAGCUAAACAUUAGCCGUGGCCGUGCGACGUUUGUUUAUCAAAAUAUGACAUCCUGAAAUACAUUUUUUAGACGAUUUGGUAAAUCAUGGAGAAUCCGCCGUCAUAUGAUGAGAUCUGUAGGACAGAGCGUGAUAGCCGAGCCCAACAAGUGACUCUCACCCUAGUCUUGCCAUCAGAGUCGGAAGAGCAGAACCAAGAUAAUGACCAAAGUAAGGGCAAUGAGAAUACUGUCAUAGAGCCCCCACCCUAUGAAGUGCCCUCCGAGCCACCCCCAAAGUACACAGAGAAUGAGAGUGAAUCAAAGGUCAACGACCAAGGUCUACUUACGGAUCGGGCAGCUGAUUCAAAUUCCAAACUUGGUGCUGAUAUGAUCUUUACACUGUCAUUUAUCAUCGCAUUCAUCUUCAAUUGGAUUGGAUUCAUAUUCGCUUAUUGCCUUAGCAUGAGUAUGGCAGGUCGAUUUGGCGCCCUCUCUGGCUUCGGAGCAUCCAUGGUCAAGUGGUCCAUCAUUGCAAUGAAUUCCCAGUGUUGUUCAGAAUAUUUGAAAAGUGCAGCUUGCCUUCUUGUUGCCCUGAUAUUGUGUGGAUUCUUGAUAUUUGUGAGAGGUAUCUACCUACAUAUCAAGUACAAAUCUCAGAAUCCAAAUGGAGAGAAUGGGAACAAGCCCAUGUAUAUUGUCUACCAUCGGAUGUAAACUCAACUACCGCAAUCAACAUGCAUCUGAUCCAUAAUAUCUCAUCGAACGAAGUCACACUUGGCCUUGAAGCAACUCAUCAUGAAAAUGUUUUAAUUCCCAUGAAGGUCUGUUUAGGUAUUAGGUGGUGAACUGCUAUGUAAGAUUUUCUUGUACACGAUUAAAACUGGUUUCAAGACCACAGACGGCCACUGACAAAAGAAGCAAUACUGUGAAAUGAGUUCCUUAUUAAUGAGGAAAAUGUAUCAUUGUUUUAUGUGGAAAUACAUAGGCCCGUAUUCUGAAGCCGGGUUUAAAUUAAACCCCUGGAGUUGUGGUUUAAUUAUGGAGAGCCAAGAAAUCACUAACAGUACACAUUAAAUUUAUUAACUCAUAUGACACCCAAAUUGUUCAUAAUUGUCUGGGAAUGAUAAUAAAGUAUUUUUCUUUAUAAUAAAAGCAAAAGGAAAAUAGGAAACAAUAUAAAGAGAAUUUUGGAAUAUUUGGCUCCCCAUAAUUUUAGCACAGAGUUAGACUGUGGUCUAAGUUAAACCUGACUUCAGAAUACGGGCCAUAGAGUCACUUACUUUUGAAUUAUCCUUGUGAUUCCAAUUCCUUUAAAAUGAAGAACACACAAAAAAUAUCCCAAAUCAAGAAACAAAAAUUGAAAAAAAACAACAACCAAGAGUUGCUUCCUUUCGUCAGUUGAUGGCCAUACAGCUAAUUGUUCUCACAGCUCCACGUUAAAAGGUAGAAAAGUCCUAUUAGUAUAUCAUUCUUCUACUACAUCAGUCCUUUUGCAGUUCAACAUCUUACAUCUGAAUGAGGCCUUCAUCUCUCUGUAAAAAAUAUCCUUUAUAUGUUGCUUGCAUGUUUAAGAAGUGAUGUAUGACUUGUUGUAAGAAUUUAUAUAUCUAUAAGCUGUUUAGAGACAAGAGAAGUUUAAUAUGUGUAUGUUAUUCAGUUUGUUAUCACCGAACAGAUAUUUUUGUUGCUAAAUGUGGACAGGGGCGGAUUCAGGAUUUACAGAGGGCGGGGAGGGGGCUGGAAAAAUAUCUCUGACAACAAAAAAUAAACAUCAGCAGUCACCAACAAUUUCCAAAGGAUUGAGGAAAAAAUUUCUGUCAAAAAAUUGACAAGCUAAUGGGAUAGGGCACAUUCCCCUUACCCCCCUCAAACCUGCAUCCGUGCCUGAAGCUAAAUAUAAUAUGAUACUAUGGUAAUGUGAUACCUUUAAGAGAGCCACUAGGGUCUCGUUUGAUUAAGACGUAUGACUUUUGUUAAAUUUUCUAUUAUGAUAACGUCUGGAAUCAUUGAAUUUGAUUGGCUGUCAAGCCCUGUUACCGUGGUAGUUACUGUAAUGGGAAUUUACAAUAUUCAUAUAUUCUUUUUGAAACAGGCCAUUGGUCACAGUAUUAAAAUGCAGUGUAAUAUUUUUAGCUUAAUUCAUGUGAUUUUGUUUAAAUGUUUUACAUGUAUAUUAAUUGGAUGCACGUAUAUAUUUUACAGUAGAUGACAUAGUCAAAUGAGUGAUUAACUGCCCCAUCCCCAUUACAUAGUACAAUGAUAUAGAAAUUGCUUGUGAUAUUUAGUUGUUAAUUUUGAUUUGUGGCUGGAGAAUCAAUUUCCUCAGAGAUAGGAUACAGAGAUCCUCAAAUUGGCAUUGUGAUUGUAGGUGUGGUUAUUAAAACAACUAUCAACAUAUUUGGUACCUAAAGUUUGUAUUUUCUUCAUUUAAUCUGUAAAGAUGCUGCUUGUCUUUUUGGCAUGUCUUGUGUCAAAUAUUUACCAUGGAGAUGAGAUAUAAUGAUGAAAAUUAGACAUUUAGUGGUAAAAAAAAUUGUCACUUUGAAUCAACAUUGCCAAUUUGAAGAUCACUGUAGAAAUUAAAUUGAAACUUUCAAACUUUUUUACUUUCAUUAUUUAACAAAUUUGGAGGGAACUUUGUUGAAAUUCUUAGUAUCCUUGUAAUUUAAAUUUAUUCAUUUCCAGAGUUUCAUUUACCUAGUUGUAAUAGUAAAGGAUGGUUGGUGUAUAGACAAAGCUAUCCAUUGACAACUACAAGUAUGAUUGUGAAGCAAAUUACAUAAUAUAUGACACCUAGAUAGAUUCUUGUCAUUUGAUUGGUUGUUUUAUUUCAAUCAUUCAGCCCAUUUUACAAUGACGUCAUCAACCAUGCAAUUUUAGAUUUGUUCAUCGUGCAGUUAUGGAUCCAUAUGAUUUUGUCCAUUGCACGCGCACACUGAGACUGCAGGCACAAGUAAAACCACUCGUGUUUGCAGCGCAUGACGCAACAAUCAACAAACCAAGCUCGCACUGCAUGAGCAUAUUUUGCAUCAAAAUUGAUAAAUUUCAUAUGGAAAAGAGUCUAUAUUUAGGUGUCAUAAUAAACCAAAUAAUGAAUGUUCUUUUCGUUCGUGCAAUGGACAGAAUACUUCUUUUAGUUUAAGAUGAAAUGACUGACCCAUUCAACUUGGCUACGUCUCAUUGAGUAGAUCAUCUCAUCUUUCACCUCGAAGUAUCUGUCCAUUGCACUCAUGAAUAUUUAUUAUUUGUAUACUGUAUCAUAUUCAUGGGCAUAUUGUAUAUGUACAUACCAAUACCAUGCACAGCUGUUCUAUUUAGGUUCUGUCAGUUUUACUGGUAGGUUUAUUAUUAUAAAAAGUGUUGUUCAGUAUAUAUUAUGUGAAAAUGCAUACACGUUGAUAUCUUUAUAUUCAAAUACUGUGUAAUGUGUACAGUUCAUAGCUCAGAGCUAUUCAACUAAACUCCAUUAAACUGAAAUGAAAUUCAUUCAAUUUCAGUUACCAAAUCAUUACAGAUUUUCCACAAUUGGAGACUGUUGCAAGUCAUUAUAUUCCUUUUUAAAGACUUCUUUAUGCAGGGAUGAAAUUAUUAUUUUUAACCAAAUAUGUUUCUACCACCCCAAAACCACCAGUAGGUCGCCAGGUAAGGUUCUCUGUAAAUAGUCAAAAUAGUAAUUUAGUUUCCAAAAACCAAAAUGAAAAAAAUUGCUUCUCUGAAAGAGCAAUUCUUCAUACUGUGAAUAUUUGAAGUCGUGAAGUUGAAUAAAAGAAAAGAUACAAGUUCCUUGGACACUACUUUUAAUGAAUGCUUGGAAGUUUCACUGAGAUUACACAGUAUGCACAUCUCAUGCUUGAGUGAACGCCAAACUUCAAAACUUGUUUUCUCCUUAUUUGUUAAGCUCUUGCUGAAUAUCCUCUGCAUUCAAUCAUGGACCUACCAUGAUUCAAUCAAGUACAUGUAGUGGUUAUUGUUGGUCAAUUUUAACACAUAUAUUUUAAGCACAAUAAAAAUCUGAAUAUUCAUUUUGGUUGACUUAUUAUUGGUUUGGGUGGCAGGUCACAGAUAUUCACAAAAAUAUCAAUUAUUUAUUUCUCUUGUUGUUGAGAAAGUUUAUUUUUGUCAUUUUUAGCCUGAAUAUUUUAUUUUUUCUUAGACAAAGCCAAGUAAAACGAACUUAACCAUACAUUUGCACGUAACUUUUUGAUAUAGUUGGUAUGUCACGUUCCAUGUUGCCCUGUUGGUAUUUUUUUUUUAAUAGUGAUGAGUAGGAUAUUAAAUCUUUGGUAAAUGGUGCUAUAUAUUCCAGAAACGUGUUCCAUAUUAGUCGUAAUAUUCAGAUUAUAAUUCAACAUAUGAUAUUUUUAUACAAAUUGACUCAUUUUCCCUCGCUUUUUCAAAUUUUAGUUUCAUAACAAAUCAUGAUUGAUUAGGGUACCAUAUACCCCUUUCAGUAACUCGCUGGCCCGGGCCAGGCCCAGGCUAAGUCGUAAAAUUUUGAGUUUAUGAAUGGCGCGGGCUAUUUUGGUGCUGCUUUUAUCAGCACCAGGCCCGCACCAGGCGCCGACCAAAGAGUUUAUGAACGGAUAGCAGCACCAGGCCCCGGCCAAAAUUCCUCACACGGUCAAAGGUCACACAAUUCUGGCCGUGCCUCCGCAUCGGCGGAUCGCGUGUACAUCAAAUUUACCGCGCGAAUAUUCAGCGAAUACGGAGCACUUCCGCUCUGUAUAUGGAGUGUUCAGUUACCAUGACAGUUUGCCCUUACGUGCCUGAGUUUUUGAAUGGGUGAUCGUAAAAGUGGCGCGGCUCUGCUAUAAUUACUGAAAGCAUUUUUUAUCGCUUGGUGCGGACUAUUUUAGCGCGGGCCUGGUACGGACCAAAAAAUCAUGAGUUACUGAAAACGGCACAAGUAACCGAAGUGAUAAUGUCAUUUGCAUGGAGUGUUGUUGAAAAAACAAUUCUAGCACUGGAUGACAAAAAUAAUUGACUGUUUUGAUAGAGUUAUGAAGGAGGUGAACCCCUCAUGUUUCAAAUCCACACAAUGUUCUUGAAAGCAGACAUGUAUAUCAACUUUUACCCACAUGAGAAAUAUGUGGUUCCUGAUGCUUAUUUCAGUGUCUUUAAAAAAAAAUCCUUUGUACACUGUCGUAUGGGCCCUGUCUUAAGCCCGUCUCACACUAUGUGAUUGGUUAUGAUCAGAAUUUCAAAUUAAUUGUGAUAACAUUUAAUAUGGAUAUUCCAACUAAUAAAAUAUUACGGGUCAGAGUUCAGAAUAGUGGCAGGACUUCUGAAAUCGAUAUUAAGUCCAGUUUGAGCCUCCCUGAAUGAUUAAAAACAAAAUUAUUUCCAAAUCAUAAUGACGUCAUCAUCGGCUGCAACUUGAAGCUUACUUGGCCUUUACAGCGACCAUAGGGCUUGCUGCAAAGUAAAAAUAUGAUUUUAGUUUCCUUACGAUAUGCCGAACUUUGAAUAAAAUAAUUUUACUUUAUGGAACUUUCAUAUUUAAUGCAAAAUGCGAUUUCUUGAAAAAUCGUGCCACACUGGAUCGCAUAGUGUGGGACGGGCUUUACAAAGAGUUGUGAUAGAUUUAAAUCAAACUUGAAUUAAGAUUGAUCUCAAUUUCUAUCUCCCUAAGACUUGAUUUGCUUCAAAUCUAUUGUAAUUGUUGUGAUAUUAGCCCGGGCCUAUAAAUGUAUUUGAGGCACACUUACAACAGUAUGGUGUCAUGAUAUAGUACUCUAUACUUUAUUAACAUCAUGUAUUGUAAUCAAUUUAUAAGUUAGUUGUUAUUACAGAGUACUUACAUUAUACCAUUCCUUCAGAUGUUAUUCUGAUUCAACAGUUCAAAUGAACUUUUUUUUCUAACAUUAAGAGGUGAUGGUUCAUAGACAGACAUUUUCUUUUAUUUUUUUUCAGGGCAACUGAACUGUAGUAAAAUUGUGUGGGUUUAUUUUUACUCUUCCCUUUAUCAGUGGGUUGGUUCAUGAGCAAGUCUCAAUAAUAUUGUAAACUUGGACUUGCCAUAUAAUUUCUUAUGUUUUAAUAUCUAAACCAUUCUUCAUUCACUAGUAUUGGUUUUAAUCUGGAAAUUUGUUUUAUUUUAUUCUAUGAAACGAGACAAAGGACAAAGUUUUAUCAUGCACUUAAUAAAUUCUAUUAAAUAAAACCUGUA